AUGGCCAAAACUUCCAAGACGGUCCCUAAAAAAGAUAAAGCAUCAUCUUCCUUUCCCUCAUGGCUGGCCAAAUCGGUGGUGCUGCUAACACUUGAAGAAAUCACCCCUGGUGAUUGUGUCAUAAAAAAGGACUUCGGUAUCGAGAAUCCUCCCGAUGUCGAGGGCCGAUGCGAGCACCUCGAGAAGGAAAACAAAAGAAAAAGGGUCUCGAAACCCGAAGACCCUCAGGACAAGAAAACCUCCACUCGAAGGCUACGGAAAGGGUUUGCUCAAACGGGCACAGACUCAGCCCAUGACUCCCUGGAUGGUGAGGAGAAUGAUAAUGAAGAAUCAGCGUUGGUGACUCGGACUAGGAAUCCAGUCGAGGUAGCCGAGCCUUCCGAACUAGAAAAUCGACCUCCUGGUGAGGAUGCCCGGAGAGAAGAAACGGGCAAGGCCCCUAUGUCCCCGGAGGUUGAGAUUGUCCCUCCAUCUUCAGCUGCUAUAUCGGAGGGGGUAAACGUUGAUUCCCCCCAUGCUAAUGAUAAUGCCCCGAGUGAAGAGCUCGGGGCCGCGACAAUAGGUAGUUACAAAGUUCUGAGUGAGUUGAGACAAUGUGAGGUCGAGAUCAAGAGAGUUUUGGGCGAAGAGAAGGCCUUGAGGCUUCUCUGCAGCCGGACGGAAGAGGAGCUUAAGGACCUCCGAACCGCUUUAGCUAAAGCUCAAAAAAGUGAGUCCGAGCUGGAUGAGCAGGUAACUUUGAUUUUAACAAAGUUCGGCACUCUUGGCCCUUCUUCGGAGGCUAAUACUUUGAUAUCGCAGAUGCAACAAAAGUUGAACAUGAUUGGGCAACUCCGGUGCAAGGUGGAUCGAGUUCGGGCUGAUUGCCAUCAGUGGAAGGAGAACAUGGAUCGACUUGUUGCCGAAAAGGAAGCUGUUAAGGCUCAACUGGCCUCAGCUGAAGCUCAGCUCCGAGGUAUUGAAGCAAAGGGCUUGGCUCAAGCCAGGGAAAUCAAGGAACUGGAGGCCGAACUGGCAAAAGCCCGGACCAAAGCUGCACAUGCUAAGGCUGAAGCUGCACAAACUAAGGCCGAAGCUGAGAAGACGAACGUUGCGGCUGAUAAAUUAAUUUCUAUAUACUGUCAAGCCCGGAGGGAGACUCUCGAGGAAAUACAUGAUCGAGGGUUCAACCUUGCCGAGGAGAUAGCCGAAGCACAGGCACGGGAAACCGAUGCUAGGUUUCUUAUCUCCUCCGAUGAAGAGGAUAUGGUGAGUGGCUGCGGGGACGAGGAAAGUGAAGAAGCUGCUCCCGAAGGGGAAUAUAAUCCCAAAGAUAAAGCCACUAGAGAUGAAGACGGCACUCUUGGGGACAUGGCCCCGAAACUAGAGUAG